CUAGCAGCGUUCGUGUAAACAAAACAAUUUCAAGGCACGGAGCGUCAAGCUGAGUGGUAUUUAGCGUAGCAAAUUUAGUAAUAGUAGUUUAGCAAAUUUUUUAAAACGUGUAGAUUUUGUUGAAUAUUCUGUGAAGGAGCUUUCAUAAUGCCUUUUCUGAAUACAAAUAUGACACAACCGACCAAAGCCAACCCGAAGCAUUAUGGGAUCACGUCCCCCAUCAGCCUGAAUCUUCCCGAAGAGUCGGAACUGGAGCAGACGCAGAAACUGGUGCAGGCGCUGAAGCCUUUCGGAGUGUUUGAGGAGGAGCUGGAGCUGCACCGGAGAUUCUUGGUUUUGGCAAAACUGAACACACUUGUCAAAGAGUGGAUCCAGGAGAUCAGCAGAUCCAAGAAUAUACCCACGUCACUGAUAGACAACAUUGGUGGAAAAAUAUGUACUUUCGGAUCCUAUAGGUUAGGAGUCCACACAAAAGGUGCCGAUAUUGACGCUCUCUGUGUCGCCCCUUGCCAUGUCAAUAGGACCGAAUUCUUCACUUCUUUUUACGAGAUGUUAAAAGAGCAAGAGGAGGUCAAGGAUUUAAGGGCUGUCGAGGAGGCGUUCGUCCCUGCGAUUAAACUCUGCUUUGAUGGCAUUGAGAUCGAUAUCCUGUUUGCUCGAUUAGCGCUGCAGAUCAUCCCUGAGAACCUGGACCUGCAGAAAGAUAGUUUGCUGAGGAAUAUGGAUAUCCAAUGUAUAAGGAGUCUGAACGGCUGCAGGGUGACUGACGAGAUUCUCCACCUGGUACCCAACAUCGAGAAUUUCAGACUCGCUCUUAGCGCCAUCAAACUGUGGGCUAAACGUCGCAACAUAUAUUCAAACGUCCUGGGUUUCUUGGGCGGCGUGUCGUGGGCGAUGCUGGUGGCGAGGACGUGUCAGCUUUAUCCCAAUGCUCCGGCUUCGACUCUUGUGCAUAAGUUCUUCCUGGUGUUUUCGAUGUGGAAGUGGCCUGUUCCAGUCUUUUUAAAACAGCCAGUGGACUGCAACCUCAACCUACCAGUGUGGGACCCAAGGGUGACCCCAAGUGACCGGAACCACCUCAUGCCCAUUAUCACACCAUCUUAUCCUCAGCAAAACUCCACCUACAACGUGUCCGUGUCGACCCGCAACGUCAUGGUCGAAGAGUUCAAACAGGGUCUGGUCAUCAUGGAUGAAAUAUUGCAGAACAAAGAAGACUGGUCCAAAUUAUUUGAAGCACCAAACUUCUUUCAGAAAUACAAGCAUUAUAUUGUGCUGCUUGCAAGUGCCCCUACUGAGAAACAACACCUUGAGUGGGUCGGUCUCGUCGAGUCCAAGAUCCGAGUUCUGGUGGGAAACCUGGAGAGAAAUGAGUUCAUCACUUUGGCACAUGUGAAUACACAGUCAUUCCCAGGACCCAAGGAAGACAAUAAAACGCCAGAGUUCAGCACGAUGUGGGUCAUUGGGGUCGAGUUUAGGAAUAUGGAGGGGUCUGAACUUCUUAAAGUUGACCUAACCAAUGACAUCCAGUCAUUCACAGACACAGUGUACCGUCAGGCCGCCAGCAGCAAGAUGAAUGAGUCUGAGAUGGAAAUAUCGGUGAUGCACGUGAAGAGGAAGCGGCUUCAACAGCUCCUGCCGGAUCUUGUCAUCCGAAAAAGAAAGAAGGAUUUGACUAAAGGCCUGCAUGCCGUGAAAGAAAGCACGGUGGACUUGUCUCUGGACAGUGAUAACACUAUAUCCAUGCCCUCAUGUUCAUCUCUACACAUGAACAGCUCCACAGGGACCAGUUCCAGCUCAGAUUCUCAGGGUGAGAUGGACACCUCAGGAAGCACACAUUCUGCUGCAGAAUGUCAAUCAGAUUCAACGAACCCAAGCGGGAGCAGUCCUCCUCGUGCUCACAAGAGACCGGGCUCACCAAUCCAGGAUGAGAACACCAAGAAGCACAAAUAUCAGGAGCACUCGACUGCGAAUGAUGAUAGUGUGGACGUGUCCGUGGACAAGGAGACGAACACACCCGUCCUCUCAUCCACCUGCAGUGCCAGUUCUCACCGCUCCACGGGGACCAGUUCCAGCUCAGAUUCUCAGGUUGAGACGGACACCUCAGAAAGCACACAUUCUGCUGCAGCGUGUCAAUCAGAGUCAAAGAGUUCAAGUCCUCCUCGUGCUCGCAAAAGAUCAGGCUCACCCCUCCAUGAAGAGAACGCCAAGAAGCACAAAUAUCAGGAGGUAUAUUCAGAGAACUCCACUGCCAACGUAGGUUCUCAGGAAAGGAUGGAUACAGCAGUAGACACGUGUGCUGCUGCAGUGUGUCCAUCAGAGAUGAAAACCCUCAGUCAAGGAACGAGCCAAGGAACGAGCCCUGGCUCUCCGCUUCAUGUUAAACAACCUACGGAGCUCAUGUUAGAGGAGAAACUGUCCAGCACUGAUCUCUCUGAAGUUCCUCUUCCUUCACCUAACCACAUCCGAGUGGUGAAACAUUCCAUAAAGCUCAGACUACUUAGGACAAACUGCACACUGCUGCAAACACGUGGAAUAACCACCGAAUCAGACGUAGCAUCAGUCGUGACAUAGAAAGUGGGAAACCAUUCCUCAUGUACAACUUAGAAAAGGAUCGAUCAAUCAAAAGACUAUUUAUAUGCAUUAAAUGCUGAAAAUUUUUUUGUAAAUAUAUAUUUAUAUCUUGCAAGUUGUAUGUGUAUAAUUGUUUUGUGGAACUAGGUGUUUAUUUAAACAUUAAAAAAAAGGUUCAUUUUGUCACAUUUUGUCAGUUGAUGCAA